GUACGUGGAGGAGGAGGGCCAAAGUGUUUAUUCUACCUCUUUUCUCAAUUAUAAAUUCUGACUGAGUAACAGAGACUCUCAUUAAGCUCCAUUAACAUAUUAACUUACACAUCCCUUGGGAUUCAAAAGAAGGAGAACAUGGGAUCUACGACACAUAUAUGACCAAAGUCACCAAAACCCAUCAUAACACGAGAUUGUUUCAUCCCCUUGGAACAGACCAAAACUUAUAGUAUAAAAGGGGAGCUUCGGGGCAGAACAGGCCAGAAGAGAAAAAACCUUUGGAGGAGGAAAACACCUUUGGAGAGGGAAACCACCUCUGGAAGGGGAAAACACCUCUAGAAGGGGAAAACACCUCUAGAAUGCGAAAACACCUCUGAAGGGGGAAAGCAUCUCUGCCUGCUCAGGAUUUGUCAACAGACUGUCUCUCUUUCUCUCCUGAAGGGACGCCUUUAGGGGAACAGGUUAAAAGCAGAAGACUGGAGGGAAAGACUGUAAAUCACCUUGCAGCUGGGAAUAACCCUUGAUAAACCAGUGUGAACAGCAGCCAGUGAUCCUGUGGUCUGGACUGAGUUUAACGGUGCCUCUGUCCCUGCUCAUGUGCCUCUGCCUGGGCGUUGCUUCAGGGAUCCCCCCGUUAGUGAGGUAACAGAAAUAAAUUUACUCUUUGUGUUCUAGCCAGAGUUUGUGUCUGUCCCUGCUGCCUGCCUGUGCCGACUUACACACAGAUCCAGGAGCAACCAUGCCAUGGCUAGCCAAAAAAUCAAAAAAGCUGAGAAAGCCGAAAAAGCUGAAAAAGUCGGGGCCUGGGGAGGCUGUGAUGGUGAACCCCAACAUUCCAGGAUGGCCCAGUACUGAGCGCUGGACCCCCGUGGCCACUUUCCUGGCUACAAUGGCCACUCCAGAGACAUGGCCUGAAAUAGAUGACGGGGUGGUGGUGAACCCCCACAGGGUCGAGGUUGCCAUGCGCGGAUUGCCGUGGAAAGCGGCAUCAAAGUCCUCCCGCAAGCUAGCAGGGAGACUGGGAUGGCUGUUGGCUACUGGUCUCAGAGCUCUAGACCGUGAAGUCAUAGCCCUGCAGAGUAAAGUGAGCGAGCUGGAACUACUCACCUACGCCAGAGCUCGCGACUGUGAAGCCAUAGCACUGCAGAGCAAAGUGAGGGAGCUGGAAUUGGUUACCUACGCUAGAGCUCUCGAACGGGAAGUUACAGCGCUGCUGAGUAAAGUGAGAGAGCUGGAAAAGGAAGUUGUGACUUUACAGGCUGCAAACGUGAUCGCUCAUGAAGUCACUACCACUCAAGCAGAGCAGUGCUAUGAGCAGCAAUGCACUAUACAGCAGCUGGUGUCACCUAGGCAUAAAUAUGUGGAAAAUAAGGUUUUGAUCUCCCAGGUUCGUGCUCCAACUUUGAAAACUUCACGGGAUCCCAAGGAAUGGGAUGGAAAUAUCUGGAGUGAGUACUCAGAUUUUGAGAUUGAGAUUUAGUCAGAGUUAGCAGACAGGGAUGUGGUAUAGAUCACACAUACUUAUACUCCAAAAGAGUUUCAAUUAUCCACUCCUAGACAAGGAAAUCCUUUUGAAUUAGAAGUAAUAAUUCUAGAUGAUAUAGCCUUGUGGGGAUUGAGGCAGAUGAAUGGACCAAAAGAUAAAAAAAAUCUGUAGAAUUUUGGUCC